UUCUAUCAUUCUGAACUUCCACAAACAGUGGUGUGUCGAGAAUAGCUUGCACCAUAUCAUUUGAAAACAGAGAUUCAAUCUUAUUAAUGUCCCAAACUCGUUCCUCGUUAGAUAUCAAAUCAGACACACACAAACUAUGCACACCCUGGCUUUGUGGGGAUUGAAUCCAGCUACCGUGAACACCUCGAACCCAUGGAUCAUUUAUAACGCUGACCUGCUGCCCAUGUCCAAUUGUCCACCUAGAACCAUGUAAAAGUAGCUGACACGAAGUCCAAAUACUCCGCCAAGCAAAGCUCGGGUUAUUACCGAGUUUAGCACCCAAAAGAAUGAUAUAAUUGAGAUUACUAAAUAAGUUACUUUUUUUAGUAAUAUUUAAAUUGAACAAAGAAUAUAUAUAAUAAAUUUCUUCUUCUCUUCACACAACAUAAGCAUCGUGUAUAAUUUGGAAAGCAAAGAUGGGAUGUUUAGACAUGGAGUACUACCUUCCAAUAAUGGCUAUGGUGUUGAUAGAGUUUAUAUAUGCAGGUUUGGGUAUUGGCACAAGAAUUGUAUUUUUGCAGGGUUUGAGCCCUAGGAUAUUUGUAGUGUACCGUCAUGCUAUUGCAACCAUUCUUCUUGCUCCUGUUGCUUAUUUUUCCGGGAGAAAUUCUGGCUCUUAUUCCUUAAAUUUAAGGAGUUUUUCUUUGUUAUUCUUAACCUCACUAAUUGGCAUUACAUUGAAUCAAAAUUUAUUUUUUGAGGGUAUAUUUCUAGCUUCUGCUUCAGUUGCAAGUGCCAUGUCCAACCUUGUUCCAGCAGUCACAUUUGUAAUAGCAGCCUUUGUAGGAAUGGAGAAAGUAAAUAUUCGAAGUAUGAGAACUAUAGCCAAAAUAGUGGGGACAGUGAUAUGUAUAAGUGGAGCAGUAUCUAUUGCAUUGUUGAAGGGUCCAAAGCUACUAAUAAAUGCAGAGAACAUAACUUCAAAGUCAAUCAUGGCAAGACUCUCUAGUAAUGAUGAGAAUUGGUUGCUUGGAUGUCUUUGUCUUUUAGGAAACUGUGUUGCUUGGUCAAUUUGGCUCAUUUUGCAGGUUCCAGCUUAUGCAAGCCAUCCUAAUUACUUGUCAUUUACAGCAUGGAUGUGUUUAAUGUCUACAUUUCAAUCAACAGUAGUCACAUUAUUCGUGGAAUCAGACCUAAAUGUUUGGAAGAUCAAUUCUUUGCUUCAAUUUGGUUGCAUUUUAUAUGCAGGAAUCAUGGGAUCUGCAGUAACAUUCUAUCUUCAAGCAUGGUGCAUUUCAAAGAGAGGACCUCUCUUCUCUGCUAUGUUUAAUCCUCUUUUCACAUUAAUUGUGACUGUAUUUGCUAUCUUGUUGCUUCAUGAGGAAAUAUACAUUGGAAGCUUGAUUGGUGCAAUUGGAGUGAUCAUAGGUUUGUAUACUGUACUUUGGGGUAAAGCUGAAGAUGUAGCUGAAGUCAAAGAGAAGACAGAUCCAAAGUUGAUGAUUAUUAAUGAGACAGAGGAAGGGAAUCUUUUUAUAAAUGAAUCUUGUGAAAAAACAUAUUAUGAAACUGUUUUGGAAGAACCUCUGUUACCUGCUUAGUCCACAUUACUCUAUUAAUUGAGGGAUUUGGAUCCUCCAAACAUUAAAAUGCAUUCGAUCCCCCUUAUAAUGUUAAUAAGUUGUAGAGCUUAAUACAUACAUUUUAAUGGUGAGAUUAUCCACAUAAUCUAGUCAAAUUUGUUACAAUAAAUGAAUGUCACCAUAGCUUUUCUAUUUUUGAUUUCCUUGAUAUAGUUUCUGAGCAAUAUAUGUACAUGAUUGAAGUUACUGUUUACUAUUUUUGUAUAUGUAUAAUAAGUUCUUAAUUAUUAGAGAAAUUUGUGGGACACUAUGCAAGAUUUUGGUUAUAUGGUGGUGAACUUUGGUGGGUGCUGUGCUGUUUUUAUAUGCUAUAGAUGA